AUGGAGGUCACAACCCCCCAGAAGGGCCAGCCGACUCUCGUAAAUGAAGAGAAAACUCCCAAUACGGCCCUAACCCCCAAGACGGAGGCCAAUGGAUACAGCGUCCACGAGCAAAAGUUCUUCGCCACCAUUUUCAAGUACCUUCCAAAAAACCUAGACUUGAACUGGGACGAGUUUGCGAGCGAGAUGGGUCUAAAGAACGCAUCAAUUGCCAAGACUCGAUUCUCCCAAAUUCGACGCAAGUUUGAGAUUGGAAACAGUCCGGGAAGUGUAUCAAGUACGCCUUCCAAGGUGACCAAGGCUAAAAAACCCCGAAAGACUAAGGCAGCUACGAAAGGUAUUGGCAAGGAUGUUGAUGAUGACGAAGAUGACAACAAUACCGGGGGUAAGGUGAAGGCUAAGGUUGAUGAGAAGGUUAAAAAGGAGGAAGACGAGAUUGGUGAAGAGGUUAAAAAGGAGGAGGACGAGGAUGACAUCAAGUCGUUCCUUUAA